GAUGGCGCUACGUCUUCAGCGGCGUGUGGUACUCGGAGCGGCAGCGACGGCGGUGCGGAGGCUUUUUAACUCCAAGUGCCACCUGUGCUAGCUACAGUUGUGAACACAGGGAUGGUGAGAUGCUUCUUGGUGGAGUUGUUACCUCUGAAGCAGAUGCUGCUGGCUUCCUGGGUGAUGCAGAGAAGAGAAGGGAGGGGAGAAAGAGAUGGAGAAAAAUAUCAAUAGUUGCCUCUUGUACACACCCCAAAAAGGGACUGAACCUACAACCCAGGAAAACAUCUCUGGCAACUGAUGUGCCCAGGCUUGGAUAUAGUUAUUCACCCAAUCACAAGUACAUUCCCCGGAGGGCAGUGCUCUAUGUACCUGGAAAUGAUGAAAAGAAAAUAAAGAAGAUUCCAUCUCUGAAUGUAGAUUGUGCCGUGCUGGACUGUGAGGAUGGUGUGGCUAUGAACAAAAAGAAUGAAGCUCGAUUAAGAAUAGUGAAAACUCUUGAAGACUUUGAUCUCAGCCCAACUGAAAAGUGUGUGAGAAUCAAUUCAGUGUCUAGUGGUCUGGCUGAAGAAGACCUGGAGACCCUCUUGCAGUCCCGGGUCCUUCCUUCCAGCCUAAUGCUACCGAAGGUGGAAGGUCCUGAAGAAAUCCAGUGGUUUUCAGACAAAUUUUCAUUCUACUUAAAAGGCCGAAAACUUGAACAACCUAUGAAUUUAAUCCCUUUUGUGGAAACUGCAAUGGGUUUGCUCAAUUUUAAGGCAGUGUGUGAAGAAGCAGUAAAGACUGGGCCUCAAGUGGGUCUUUUCCUAGAUGCUGUGGUUUUUGGAGGAGAAGACUUUCGAGCCAGCAUAGGUGCAACAAGUAGUAAAGAAACCCAAGAUAUUCUCUAUGCUCGACAAAAGAUUGUUGUUGUAGCGAAGGCCUUUGGUCUACAGGCCAUAGACCUGGUAUACAUCGACUUUCAAGAUGAAGAGGGGCUUCUCAGGCAGUCCAGAGAAGGAGCUUCAAUGGGAUUUACUGGUAAGCAGGUGAUACACCCUAAACAAAUUGCAGUUGUUCAGGAGCAGUUUUCUCCUUCCCCUGAAAAAAUUAAAUGGGCUGAGGAACUGAUCGCUGCCUUUAAAGAACAUCAACAACUGGGAAAGGGAGCCUUUACUUUCCAAGGGAUUAUGAUCGACAUGCCAUUACUGAAGCAAGCCCAGAACAUUGUUACGCUUGCCACAUCCAUCAAGGAAAAAUGAUCUGUUAAAUCAAGCUCUCAUCAGUACUUGCAGGACAAUCGGUGGUUCGAAACAAGUUAUAAGAUAAUCAGCAGCGCCUCGUGCAUACUCGCGCCGGCGAGCGUCCCCGAGCCGGUCUGUACGCGCAGAGCUCGGCUCGAAGACUCGGGAACCCGGUCUUCUCAGGCAGUCCGGAGGCCCUCUCCCCCGCCCCCCUCCCAGAGGUUUUCGCAUGCAACUUAGGGGGAAAGUAAUGAGCUGAUCUCUCAACAUUUAAAUGUUAAAACCUCAGUCAUUCUUUCUGCUCUUUAUUUUAAAUCGGGGUGGUCCAGGGGAUCUAAG